GACGUGCGGCCUGGGCGCGUGACAAAUGGCGCACGUUGAGUUGUUGAUUUCCGUAAUCUGGAUCUUGGCAGGUCCGUUCCAUGUCUACCCGACCCGACCGUCCGUGUAGCAAACAACAACGUGCAUAAACCACAAGAACCCUAACUAAAAUAGUGGUAAAAAUUUCACCUAGUCCACGCAUUUGUGUCGAGAUUUUGGUAUGGGGAAAGCAGCAAAAGAGAAGCUGACCCGAUCUCUAAACGAGCACCUCAACACAAUCCACGAAACUCUCCAGAUUUUGGAUCAAACGCCAGCUUCAUCUCUUAAAAAGGUUGGCUGGAAUGAGGUCAUUCAAAUGGGUGAACAAAUCUCCAAACAAACCACUACGGUUGGAAUGCUUUACACUGGAGAAACCCCAGAAGUUAAAGUGCUCGAAGAAAACAUGGCUGCAUACUUCAAUAUGUUGCAGGGCUUCCUUUUACUAUCCCAUGGAAGUUCCGUCGGAGCAGGACCAACCCUCUCUUCUUGCAUUCAUUCGUCCAUAAAACAAGUUGUUGACAGCAGUUUCAUGUUGUUGAAAGAUGCAGUCUCUUCAUAUGGAUCCAAUGAUAAAGCUAAAAAAGUGUCAAUUCCACAACUAGUGGGCACAGUCUGGGAUGUAUGUUCGGCCCUUAAGAAGACUCCUUCGUCAAAUGUAAUGGCAAUCGGACGAGCAAUGACCCAAGUUGCAGUUUCCAUUAAGGACGUUCUUCGUGAAAUGAAGGAACUGAAACCAGCUUCCUUUGAUCCAGUGGACGAAGCUUCUGAUAAGGUAGACAUCAAAGCAGAAGAAAAACCAGAUGACGAUAAUGAUUCAUGUAAUGAAGAUCUGGGCAAUGACCUGUCUCCUGAAGAGAUGAAAAUUGCUCAUUUAACUACCAGCGUUGUGUCUGAAACACUCGCAUUUAUCAAGGAACUGGUUCGCUCUAUUACAAGGUUGCUUAAGCAGGAAAGUGUAGAUGGUUGUGCUAUCUCAACAGAUUCACUAGAGAAACUUUUGAUGUUCUCUCAGAAAAUUGGAGUACAAGUUGAUGAGCUCGGGGCAUGCCUUUAUCCUCCACAAGAAAUCUCUGCAAUUAAGGCUGCUUUGGAGAAGAUUUCCAGCUUUACUUGUGAAACAGAAUUAGAGCUAGGAAAUCUAAAAGGCUCUUCCAAUGACUUUGUUACAGCUUGCACUGGUUUGAGGAAUUCAUUGAAACGGUUAGAAUCCGAACUAAGUUGCUUAGGUACAAGUAUUGUCCCAGAAAUGGAAAAUCUUGAUUUAAGCAAUUAGAGAGAGGUCCACGGGUCUGUUCUUGUAUGCUUUUGAUUAUACUGAACUUGUAAGAACUCGAUCAUCAAGGUUUCUUUUGUUUCCCUUAGGCUAGUUGUAAGUAGUCACAGCUGAGAGGCUGAGAGACAAUUCUUAUUUGCACUACUUGAAUUCACAUUCUCACUAGAUAUAUUAUUUUGCUUC